CAACAAGAUCCAAAGAGCAGAUUUGAAACUGAUAAUAUUUUUAUAAUCUGUGCAAUAGGAUAAAGCCGAUUGAGGGACUAACGUGCAAAAGGUCAACGAUUCCCAAGCGUAGUUACCAGAGAGCAGCAGCACGAUAAUUGGAGCAACCACCUAUCAUCCCCGUAUUCUCUGCAAGGACGUUUGUAUUGAGAAGAAGCACAAAUAUAGCUAGCUGCUUUGGUAAUAGCGAUGGCGGAGGGGAUCGCAUUCGAUUUGGUGAAGGGAGUGCUCGGCAAGCUGGGCUCCGCUCUCGGGGACGAAAUCGGGCUGCUGCGGAGCUUCAAGCACGACGCGGACGACCUCAGAAGCAACUUCUCGGCGAUCCAGGCGGUGCUUCUCGACGCCGAGGAGCGAAGCAGCAGCGCUGGGAAGGAGAGCCACGCUCUGCGCGACUGGCUGCGCAAACUGAAGGACGCCGCCUACGACGCCGACGGCCUGCUGGACGAGAUCCGGACGCAAGCGGCCCUCCGGCAACAGCAGCAUCCGGAGGUGCAGAAUCAAAACCAGCCAGCUGAAAAGGUACGUGAAUUCCUGUCCCACGCUAAUCCGAUGCGUCUGAAGUUUAAGGUCAAGAUGGCACACAGGAUGAAAGAGCUCAGAGAAAAGAUCGGUAAGAUUGCGAAACAGAGGCAUGAUUUUGGUCUUGCCGAAGCUGGCCCUGGCCGGCAGGCUGAGUUCAAGCACCGUGAGACAUUCUCGGCCGUCGACGAAAAGGAAAUAGUUGGGAGAGAUGAUGAUAAAGAGAAAAUUGUGAAGCUACUGCUAGAGACGGGCGGCGAUCACGACGUGUCGGUCAUUCCGAUCGUGGGAUUGGGGGGUUUGGGGAAGACGACGCUCGCUCAAAUGGCCUUCAACGACGGGCGGGUUACGGGCCAGCAGCGCUUUGAUCUACGCGUGUGGGUCUGCGUGUCUACCGAUUUCCACAUGAAGACGAUCGCAAGGUCGGUCAAAUCUGCAACCAAAGAGGAGUGUGAUCUUGACAGCUUGGAAUCCGUCGCGAGUUUUCUCCUCAGGAUCUUUAGCCAGAAGAGAUUCUUGCUGGUGUUGGAUGAUGUGUGGAACGAAGAUAAAGGGAAGUGGAAGGAAUUGAAGGUUGUAUUUAAGGACGGCAGGCAGGGAAGUAAAAUCUUAGUAACCACACGAAGCGAAAAGGUCGCCGCGAUAAUGAAAACAGUCGAACCACACCGUGUGAAAGGCUUAUCAGAUGAUGAUUGUUGGACAUUGUUCAAAAGGCUGGCAUUCGAUGAGGGGGAAGAGAACGACUAUCCGAGUUUGGUCGCAAUCGGAAAGCAGAUAGUAAAGAAGUGCGGCGGCGUGCCUUUAGCAGCGAAUGCUUUAGGAAGUAUGAUGUAUUCAAAGAACAGGACAGAGGAUGCAUGGUCCGCUAUUAGGGAUAACGAAAUUUGGAGUCUGCAAGAAGAGAAAACUAUUUUACCAUCAUUAAAGUUGAGCUACAUUCAGAUGCCGUCGGCUUUGAAGCAGUGCUUUGCUUACUGCUCCAUAUUCCCAAAAGACUACGAGAUUGACAAGGAUGACUUGAUCCGGCAAUGGAUUGCUUUAGGCUUCAUUUCAUCGCAUGAAACAUGGACUUCGAUGGAAGAUAUUGGGAAUGAGUACUUUAACGAUCUAUUAUGGAUGUCUUUCCUUCAGGAAGUGGAGGAGGACAAAGAAUAUAGAAAGGUUACCACCUGCCGGAUGCAUGAUUUAGUGCACGACCUCGCACAAUCUGUAGCAAGAGAAGAAGUUGCUGUUAUAGUUGGAGAAGAGUCAACAAGGAUCCCGGAAAGUUGCCGCUAUGUCUCGAUAUACAGUCGUUUCACGCCACAGGUUUCAAUUACCGUAAUGCGGAGGUUGCGAGCUCUUCAAUUUAGGGAAUCUGGCUCACUUAUUAUGGCUUUUUAUAGCGAGGCAAAAUGCUUACGCCUGUUGGAUUUACAUGGUUCCGAAAUUUCUAUGCUGCCAAGCUCAAUCGGUAAGUUGAAGCUCUUAAGAUACCUCAACCUUUCGUCAACCAAUGUACAAGAACUGCCUGAAUCAAUUACCAGCCUCUGCAACUUGCAAUCCUUGAAUCUUUCAGGCUGCCGUAAGAUCCGUACAUUACCCAAAUUUCUAGGAAAGCUUACGAAUUUGCAGAAUUUAGAUUUAAGUGAUUGCCGAUCUCUGACAAUACCUGACUCCAUUAGCAACCUUCAGAAUUUGUACGCACUAAAUUUGAGUUGGUGCAAAAGGGUGAUAUCACUUGAAUCGAUAUGUCACCUCAAAAACCUGCAUUACCUAAACCUAUCAGAUCUAAAGUUUAUGGAGACUUUACCAAAAUCCAUUGAGAGCCUUCAAAACUUGCGUAUUCUGAAUCUUUCUAACUGCAUUUCUCUGCUAUCAUUACCCUCAUCAUUAUGUGAUCUCAAAAACCUGCAUGACUUAAACCUAUCACGUCUAAAAUCUUUGGUGAUAUUACCUGAAUCCAUUGGGAGCCUUCAAAACUUACGUAUUCUGAAUGUUUCUAAAUGCCAUUCUCUACUAUCAUUACCCUCAUCGUCAAGUGAUCUUCAGCAUUUAGAGAAACUUGACAUCAGUGGUUGUAAAAAAUUAUGUGAGCUGCCUAAAAUGAUCCGAAAGCUGACCAAACUUAGGGUCUUGUUAAACAACAAGUGCUCAGAAUUGAAGGGCAUGCCCCGAGGGAUCAGCAAGUUAGUUAGCUUGCAGGAAUUGUCCGUUUUUGUGGUCGGCAAGCAAGACCGCGUCGAACAUUGUGCCAGCAUCUCUGAGCUCGAGCACCUUAAGCUUGUCGGCGAGCUGGAGAUCAAGGGUCUUGAAAAUGUGACGAGUCCGGUCGAUGCCAAGGCUGCAAAUUUGAUAGAGAAGAACCUGCGGUCUUUGAAGUUGGAAUGGAACGUUUUAAGUGCGGAAGAAGGCAUGGACAGUACUGUACUACCGGUGGAAGAGAUGGAAACCGUGCUAGAAAAUCUUCAACCACAUAUAAAGCUAGAGAAUUUGGAAAUAGGAGGCUAUGGAGGCGGGAAGUUUCCUAGCUGGAUGAUGAAUAGGAUUGGCUCGUGCCUCCCAAAUCUCGUUGGAAUCAGAGUUGAGAAUAUGCCCGGAUGCAGCUCACUCCCGCCGCUGGGGCAACUCCCUUUUCUUAAAGCACUAACUAUACGAAAUAUGCCCGCGGUAACAAAUUUGGGCGUAGAUAAGUUCCCUGCGCUGAUGAGACUUAACUUGUCCUCCAUGCCGGUGCUGCGAGAAUGGGUGACUGUGUUGACGGUGGAUGACGAAGAAGGCAGGCGAGAGCGAGUUCCCAUUUUUCCGUGUCUCACUCAUUUGUACCUUGAAGAAUGCCCUCAAUUGAGGCCGGAGCCUUGCCUCCCGCCAUCGGUUAAGUCUCUGGACUUCUACAGAACAAGCAAGGAGAAUCUAUCGUUGAUACUCGAACGCGCGAUGCCAUUUGGAGGUGGUGAUGCCGCUGUUUCACCCCAACCGCCACCAGAUAAGGGGCUGCGGAGUCUAGGAAUACGAGGAUGCGAGCAGCUAACUUGUUUGCCCGAGAGCUUGCGGAGUCUCACGUCCCUCCAGCGCCUGGAAAUAUGGAGUUGCCAAGAUCUUGAGAGAAUUGAAGAUUGGCUCGGGGAGCUCACCGAGCUGCAGUGCUUGUUCAUCAAUGGGUGCAGCAGUCUCCGUUACUUGCCUGCCCACAAGAUGACCACACUUAAGAUAUUACACAUUGUUGGUUGCCCGCUGUUGUUCGAUGCAGAUGGACAAUUUGUCGACACCAGUGUCGAUCACAUCAAAUAUGUCUAUGUUGAUGGAAGGAAAUAUCCAUACGAGGAACAAGCGAGUAGCUCGUCAGAGGAGGAGGAGAGCUAACCGAAGGAGGAGGAGGAGGAGGAGAAGAAGAGUUAGAGGAGUUGUUGGGGCAGAUCGAAUUGGUUAGCGAGAAGAGCAUAAGUAUAUGUGCCUAUUAUUUGGAGGUUGGUGCAAUUUAGCUUGCCGGACAAGAAUUGUAGUGUGCUGUUGUCGGUUAAUAUAUAUUUGUGUUUUCGUGAUAUAAA